AUGUCUCGACGUAUAGACAACUACUAUGAUAUAACCCUAUCCAGUGAGGCGUCUGGAGCGCUCACAAGCAAGAAAAAAUACCCCAAUAAUUACGUUCCUCGCAGAGUAGCAAGCAGUGCUUCGUUCACGGGAGACUCGAAACGACCAGGAGAUUAUUUUAUUCAGAAACUCAGCAAUAGUUCCAUCAAUUUAUCAUCAACCACAAACCAGAAAGGUGCACCUCGUCCGUUUUCGGGAGACUCCAUAGUGUCUCUUCCGUCUUCUUACUCGGACGAAGUGUCUCUGCUGGGGUCAUCUCAAUUUGACGGUCAAGAUUCCCGUCUCAGUUCGAUGACUAGUCACUCGAUCACCACGCCAGCAGACUCGCCUAUGGUCAACAAUAACCAGUUUCCGCGAAACGACGAUAAGUCUCAAGACAGUUUAAAGUCGCAGAACGAGCUGUUCCACAAUGACGAAGAUCUUGCCUCCUCAGUUUCCACCAUUACCCUUAAGAACUCAGGUGCCCCAUACAACAACUCCUUGGAGUCCACUUCCUCGUUGACUUCGUCAGCACCGCACCCGGCGCAGCUUUCAAAGACAAGAGUCAAAGCUUCCUCAACUUCCAACAUCUUGCGACGCGCACCUUCGGUGUCGUCCACUUCGUCACUUUCACUUCAUAGAACCAAGUCGAAGUACUCGGACCCAAAGGAGGCCCGCGAGCGUCAACAGCGUCGGAAGAAAAUGUACGAAGAGAAUGAGAACGAUGACGAAAUACUAUCGAAUGAUCUAGACUUGUUUUUCAAUGUUCCUGUCAUAAAGAACCAUGCCGAUAUUUACCGAAAACCGUCGCUUUCUGCUCAGAAUAAAAAUGUGAGAAUAUCUCGUGAAGACCUCAUCUCGAACAAAGACGACAAUUAUGGCUCACUACACCGCUCUGUUACCAUGAAGCCGACACCACUUCCUCCAAAUCUUACUUCGUUUGGCACGAAUUCGAGUUUCAGCUCCACUUCCGAUUUGCCAAACACAUCCUUGAAUUCCACGACCAUCGCAGAACAUAGCAUAGAAGAGGAAGAUGAGUCGAGAGAAGAGAGUACGUUUUCUGUAUCGAUGGACAGCGACGUGGCUAUCACCCAGAACAUAUCUGAUUUUUAUAGCGACCGAUCCGUAUCAUUUUUGCAAAGCGCUCGGAACGAUCGAGAUAACGAAGUGAUGUAUAAGCUUCCGCAUUAUGUCAAAUCACAAUCUUCAAUUGAAGACCUUCGACUUUUCUCUCCGGAAAAGCUUAUUUUGGUAGAUCAGAGUCGUCCCAUUAAUCUCCCACCAAAAGCAGAACUUGACAAGAGCAAACAUGCCAGAGAGUUCCAGAAAGUUUUGUCCAACCUCGAGAUUACUAGCAAAUCCACCCUUGACUCUCGAAAAAAGCUCAGUGAAUCGAUGAUUGUGCACAACCAGCACUGGCUUAAAUUGAUCUUGAGUAUUUCAGAUGAAAAAGACUUGAAGAAAAAAUUCAACGACGACAAAAAUUCUAUCAGAAGACUCAACUGGGACUCGGUUUGUCCUGACAAAUGCAAGUUUCAGUACUUGAUGAAAGUGUUGUCGUACGAUUCCGCAAAGAUGGUUGAAUUAUUGUCAUCUGGGUUCUUGUUAGCACAAGAAAAGGUGAGUAAUCUUUCACCUUCGAUGAAAGCGACCAAAACGUACGAGUUCACGGACGUUAUGAACUCCGUUUUGCGGAAACCGUUGUAUGAGUCUAUCAUGAAGGAAAUGAGUAAAGAUGACGUUGCGCUCUUUCGUGAAAACUACAUGAAGUUGCUCUUUGCCUUUUCCCUCAGUGAGGACGAAGACAGUCUCCGCCGGCAGGACGAAAUACUUCUCAUUCCCGUGUUUCUUAUCAUGUUCCAGGACUCCGAGUCUUUGCAAAACAUAUACACCUUGAUCAAGUUGAUUGAUCGGAAAGUAUUCAACCGGUUGUUUUUCCGUCAAUUGGGCGACGUUCUUGAAAAGUGGUCCACUCGCUCUUUUCCCUCGUCCAGCCAGAUAUACAAGUUUCUCCGAAAAUUUCACGAUGCUGGAGAAUUUGCAGAUUUGAGUCCUUCUGCUUUCUGCGAGAUGUUGACUCACAUGAACGAUAAGCUUCCGCUCAGUAAGUCGGCGCCCUCAACUCCCAUCGUUGCACAAUCAGGCUUCAAUUUUGAUGUUAAGCCAGCGGCUAAUUUUUCACCCAAAACCAACUCCAUUGAUGGCGGCGAAGUUCGCGUCGAAGCUUCCUUGUGCAUGAACUCUGCUGCUUUCAGCUUGGUAUUCAAGCUCAUUCAGCUCGUUGUAACAUACUCAUUUGCAACCAAGACACAAGGCAAGAAUAAUAUGAAAGUUAUUCAGAGUUUCUUGAUGGUGGUGUUCAAAUUUUAUCACAUCAACUGGAAUGAUUACCGCGAGCUUAUUCGUUGCAACAAGAGUAUCCGCAUCAACAACACCGCCGACGCCACGACAAACUUGGACUCUUUCACCAGCAAAUGGGUGGAAACUUUCAAGGUGCUUUAG